UUUCCCUAGUAAUUUGAUACUAUUUCUUACCUGGGUUCUUGAUAAUUUGAUGAUAUAGCAGCUUUUCUUUAUUGGGUAUUUCGAUUCUUGAUUUCCCAAUUGUUGAUUCAUGUGAAAGAAUGGUUUUUUAUUUGUUCAAUUUUUGCCUCUCAAGUGUUUUUUUAGCUGUGGCUUUUGAGCCUGUGAUUGAAAUGAAAAAAAGGUCAACUUUAAAUAAACACUAAUUAGUAGAUUUUGCAGUGUUAUGUGAUGGGUGGGGGUUUGAUUCUUGAUUAUCUAAUUGUUGAUUCUUGUGAAAGAAUGGUGUUUGUUUUUCAAUUUUUGCUGAAAGUGUUUUAGCUGUUUUGGAAAUUAAAAAAAGGGGCAACUUUAAACAAACACAAGUUAGUAUUUAUGCUAUGUUGCUCGGACUCUUCAAAAAUGUUAUCGGGUGCGUGUUGGAUUCUUGAAAAGUAGUGCAUUUUUGGAGGAUCCGACAUGGAUGUGGCAACAUUUUUGGAGAGUGCGAGCAAUUUGUUAAGGUUUAUGUCUAUAGUUUGCUGAUUUGGCAGUACUAUAUGAUGGGUGGGUUUGAUUCUUGAUUUUAUAAUUGUUGAUUCUUGUGAAAGAAUGGUGUUUGUUUUUGAAUUUUUGCUAAAAGUGUUCUAGCUGUGUUUGAAAUUAAAAAGGUAAGCUUUGAACAAACAGUAGUUAGUAUUUAUGCUAAGGUUUAUGUAUAAUUUACUGAUUUGGCAGUCCUAUAACUAUAUGUUGGGUGGGUUUGGUUUUUGAUUAUCUAAUUGUUGAUUCUUGUGAAAGACCCCUUUUCCCCCAAUGUGUACUAAAUCUGUUGCUACACUUGUUUUUUGACAUUUGCUAUUUUUGUUGUCUCUUUUUCUUUGCAUCAACUAAUUUCUUUAGAGUCGAGAGUCUAUCGGAAACAACUUCUCCACCCUUCGAAGGUAGAGCUGAGAAAAUGGCUAAAGAGAUCAAAGGAUCUCCUUUGGCAGCCUCUUUCGAUUAUGAGCUUUAUGAAGGAGAUCCUGAUCAUCUUAGAACUGUUGUUGCUGCACCUUCCCCAGCCGGUUCGUACAUUGAUCCUGCUUCAAUCAAACUUAAACAUAGGAUCGGGCGUGGAUACUUUGGUGAUGUUUGGUCAGCCACACAUCAUCAAUCAGCUACUGAUUAUGAUGAGCAUCAUGAAGUAGCUGUAAAAAGGUUACAUCCUAUAAAUGAAGAUCAGGUAAAGGCUUUCUUAAGUAAGUUCGAGGAGUUAUGGGUGAAGUUGAAGUCUAAACAAAUCCAAGGUGUUUGUUGGCUGCAUGGUAUCACUGUAAUAUCUGGAAAGAUCUGUAUAGUUAUGAGAUCCUAUGAGGGGUCAGUUGGUGAUAAAAUGGCUCGUCUGAAAAGAGGGAAGCUUCAGUUACCUGAUGUGCUUAGAUAUGGUAUUGAAUUGGCUAAAGUAAUACAAGAAUUGCAUUCAAUGAAUGUCCUGGUUCUGAACCUUAAGCCAACUAAUUUUCUUCUGAACGAACAUGAUGAAGUGUUCCUCGGAGACUUUGGUAUACCGUAUCUUCUUCUUGGAGUUCAACCGCCUGAUUCAGAUCUAGCAUUAAGGCGUGGAACUCCGAAUUACAUGGCUCCGGAACAGUGGGAACCUGAGGUUAGAGGCCCAAUAACUUGUGAGACUGAUGCUUGGGGAUUUGGAUGCAGCAUUAUUGAGAUGUUGACUGGUGUUCAGCCCUGGUUUGGUAAAUCAGUCCAUGAUAUCUACCGUUCAGUGGUGAUAAACCAAGAAAAGCCACAACUUCCUGGUGGCCUCCCCACUUCUAUUGAGAAUGUUCUCAAUGGCUGUUUUGAGUAUGAUCUCCGCAAUCGACCUCUGAUGGUGGACAUUUUGCAAGCAUUUGAAAGCUCGAAGAAUGCUGUUUAUGGUGAAGGAGAGGGGAUCGACAUAGGAGGAACUCUGUCUGACAAAAGCAAAACCUGUGGCUUUACCACAUGGUUCCUUUCAAAAGAUCUUCUUCAAGUGGGAGAUACUAUUCGCUCCAGAAAGAUGUUCAACUCCAGAAAUUCUCAAGAUUUGGCUGUGUUGGAAGGAAGUGUUGUUGGUCUCGAGAAAGAUACUGAUCGAGAUGGAUUUGUUCUGGUACGAGUCCCCAAUUUACGGAGCCCUCUUAGGGUAAAUGCAUCAACCAUAGAGAGGGUUACAUGUGGUUUGGCAACUGGGGAUUGGGUGCGCUUGGUCAAUGAAAGUAAGAAUCACUUCUCUGUGGGUAUCUUACACUCCGUGCAGCGUGAUGGAAGCAUCACUGUUGGUAUUUUAGGCUUGGAAACAUUAUGGAGAGGACAUUCUUCUGAAGUCGAAAAAGUUGACCCAUAUUUACUGGGACAAUUCGUGCAAUUGAAAUCAAAUGUUGAAACUCCCCGGUUUGAAUGGCCUAAGAAAUGGGGAGGAGGAUGGGCUACUGGGAGAAUAUCACAGAUACUUCCAAAUGGUUGUCUUGUCGUUCAAUUUCCAGGGAGGUUGGUAUUCGGUGAUGAACCUAACACUUUCUUGGCUGAUCCAGAUGAGAUGAUCGAAGUAUCAUUUGAUACAUGUCCUGGCAUUAUCAAAAAGUAUCAGCACCUCGAGGAUUUUCACUGGUGUAUUCGACCACUUUCUAUUGUGUUUAGCCUACUUACAGCAGCAAAGCUUGGUGUAUCUGUAGGAAAGUGCAUUAAUGCGAAGCUGAAGAAGGACUCGAAGGAUCAUCGUACUAAGGAUGGUGAGGUUGGUGGCAAGCCAGCCUGGCUUCGGCCAAAUAUCCUGUUUAAAGAAGGUGCUGCUACUGCUAGGUAAUCUGUACUUGUUGGUAAAAAAUGAGUAAAUUUCGUAGCGUAUUUUCGAAGUACAGUAGCACAAGACUUUGUAUCAUAUGGAACUAAACUUUUUAUUAUGAUGAAUUUGUGAUAUGUAUGUACAUAUUUUGUUAAUGCAAAGCUCCGCAGAUAUCAGAAA